CUUCAUUCUAUCCUUUUGAAUGAGCCGUCUAACUAGGGGAGCCAUUCCUCGAAAGAGAAUCCAAGUACAUGUUAAGAUUGCCAGUUAUGUUAAACUCAGAGAGAAUUAGUUCACCAAGGACUAUACUUGAUCCGCUUCCUGCACUUCGUCUGUGUGGAAACACCCUACAAACCCUUGGCUUUGGCUCUGCGCUAUUGUCUCUACCUAGGGAAUUAGACCAGGCGGUCGAUGGCCGACCUGUGGAAUAUACCAAGCUUAACCACAUCUACGACACACUACAACAACUCAGCGGCGGCUUGACAAUUAGACUUACUCCAGAACGGUCCACUGAUGAAUCCAUAUCAUACGGAGAUGUUGAGCUUCAGAGCCUGGCGCAUUGUUGUCUGGGAAUAUGUGAAGAAUUAAUAAUCGCAGGUAACCAGCUAAGAUCUCAUUCUAGCUCUUCAAGCAUCUUUGGGUCUUUCCAUGAGGCACUGCGAGGGGUCUGGGACGAGAAACAGGUUGAAGCUCUAGAGGAAGGGUUACUGGUGUGUAGAAGGGAAGCGAUGCGGGUUCUCACGAUUGUCCUAAGAGAUGGACAAUCUAGUAUCUUACAAGAGGUACAACGCCUAAAGAACCAGAAUCGACAAAUAGAGAUGAGUCAAACGAGAUGGCUUGCGGAUAUCUUAGAAACCCUCCGCGACGUACAGCAUCAAGCGGCCGAGGAGUACAUAGGAGAUGUGCUACCUGGCGUGACGAACCCCUUCAAUCCAAAUCAGCUCAGUUCCAUGGCCUGUAGAAUGGCACAUGUUGUGCAAAAAGCAUCAAAAGUCGCCUUUGUACAGAGAUUCCUCAGGACACUCCACUUUCGAUCAAUCAAGGACCACCAUGCGGGAAUCGCGAGAGCCCAUGAGAAGAGCUUUAUGUGGGUCUUUCCAAGAAAUAUAGACGUGGAAAUCCAUCAUUUUCCUAGGCCAACAAUCCUUCCAUGGCUACAGGGAGAAAAUGGCAGCAUAUAUUGGGUCUCUGGGAAGCCAGCGUCAGGGAAGUCAACUUUUAUGAAAUAUCUACUCGCUCACCCCCAGACCCUGAAAAGCCUGAGAUCAUGGGCUGGAAGUGAGAAGCUGGUUAUUGCCAGCCAUUUCUUCUGGAGUGCAGGAAACAGCAUGCAGAAAUCUAAAAUUGGCUUACUCCAGUCUCUCCUCUACGGUAUAUUCACCCACAGUCCGGACCUGAUUCCUAUCGUAUGUCCGCGAAGGUGGGAAGCGACCAUGUCGGGCGAACACGGCGGCGACAGCCCGUGGCGUAUGGAGGAGCUAUUAGAGACCUUCAAAUCUUUAUGUAGUCAAAACGCUAUCCCAACCAAAUUUUGUUUUUUCAUCGACGGUCUGGACGAAUGCACAGGAGAGCAUUCCGAGAUGAUCGAACUUCUGAACUCUCUCGUUCACUCGAACAUCAAAAUGUGUCUCUCCAGCCGGCAAUGGAAGGUAUUUGAAGACGCAUAUGGAGCAUCGGCCGACCAGAAGUUGUACUUGGAAUGGCACAACCGCGACGAUAUCCACGAUUACGUUCAGAGUGAACUCGAACAACAUCCGGCCUGGGAACUACUUCUUGAACUCAAUCCGCAGACCCAUGAAAUUGUGGGUGAAAUUGCCGAUCGGGCUCAGGGUGUAUUUCUCUGGGCGGUUCUGGCCGUGCGCUCCUUCGGCGAAUGGUUGACUACUGGGGAUACCCUUUUCUUCUUGCAGAAGAAGUUUAGGAUGAUCCCUGUCGACCUUGAACUGCUGUUCAAAUCAAUGCUUGAAUCAGUCGAUCCGAUUUAUACUUCUUAUGUUUCGCAUAUAUUCAACGUUGCAUCGAGUGCCCCUGAGCCCCUACCUGUGUUGCUCUAUGUGUCCUUGGAAAGAGAAAUCCAAGACGAAAGUAAGGUCCCUCCACAGAAAGAUGUACCUCCCACUUACAGAGGCCUCUUGCUGCAAGUUGAGCAACUCCGAAGACAACUGAAGAGCAUGUGCAAAGGACUACUGGAGGUGCAUUGUCGACGUAACGAGGAGGACUUGCUGCGCUACCGGGUGGACUUCUUGCACCGAACCGCUCGAGAGUUUUUCAGAGGAAAUGAAAUAGUGCAGGCUAUGCAUGUCACUGGUCGGGGCUAAGGCAUAAAAUAUACCAACGUGUUCUGCCUGCUCUAAGAUGGAACGCAUACAGCGUGUGCCGUGAUACAUUGUUCUCGUCAAUACCAUCCUUUACCUAGUAGUAGAUCCGCUAGCCAUGCGAACCAGCCCUUCACAUUCUAUGCAACAUUAUCAUGUGCCCGUGAGAGUGAGAGAAUCCGGAGUAGCGGGCUGUUCAACAAUAUGCCCUAAGGAUCUUUUUGCAUCUUCUGUACCUUAGCCCCUCGACAGUCUGCCUCGGUGCAAGGUCUAACUACUAGCACUUGAACAUUUCUGGACGGCAGGUGGAUCAUCUGGCACACACUAGGAAAAGAACUUCACUUUAUAUGAUUGGCGACUGGAUUGGCGGUUCGCUCAAUGGUUUCAAAUAGAUUAAGAGAAGUGGCCAAAUUAACAUGUUUGAGAGAAGAUCGCUUGGUAAGCAAUAUUCUCUGCAUGUCCUAGCAGUGCUUUAACCUAGCUAUCAGAAAUAUAGUGAGAGAAAGGAUGGGGAGGGGUGAGAAGAUACAGAUUAAGGAGAUUCUUGUUUCUACGCCAAGCAUGCUUUGUU